AUGAUGGGAGAGACAGAAAGUAAAGAUGAGAGAAUGAUUUCUUUCUUUCUUUCUUUCUUUCUUUCUUUCUUUCUUUCUUUCUUUCUUUCUUUCUCCCCACAUCCUUCUUUCUGUAGUUUUCACUUUUUCUUUCUUUCUUAUCACGUCUUUCUUUCUGUAGUUUUCUUUCUUUCUUUCUGUAGUUUUCUCUUUUUCUUUCUUUCUUUCUUAUCACUUUUCUUUUUUCUUUUUUUCUUUUUACGUCUUUCUUUCUGUAGUUUCCCUCUUUCUUUCUUUCUUUCUUUCUUUCUUUCUGUAGUUUUCUUUUUUCUUUCUUUCUUUUCACGUCUUUCUUUCUGUAGUUUUCUUUCUGUCUUUCUUUCUUUCUUUCUCUUUCUGUCUUCUUUCUUUUCUUUCUUUCUUUCUUUCUUUCUGUCUUUCUUUCUUUCUUUAUGUUCAUUUUUUCCUUUUAUUCUGCUCAUUUCUUUCUUUUCGUUCCCUUCUUUCUUUCUGUUCACCUCUUUUUUCUGUUCUUUCUUUCUUUCUUUCUUUCUUUCUUUUCAUUUUCGUCUUUUUCUUUUGGCUCAUUCAUUCUUAUUUAUUUUUGAGCUUCUUUCUUUUCAGGUUCGUAUAUUGUCUUAUGCGGGGGCGCUGUAUCUAUCUCAUUCUGUUCAUAUCUAUCUAUCUAUCUAUCUAUCUAUCUAUCUAUCUAUCUCAUUCUAUCUAUCUAUCUAUCUAUCUAUCUAUCUAUCUCAUUCUGUUCUAUCUAUCUCUAUCUAUCUAUCUAUCUAUCUAUCUAUCAUCAUUCUGUUCAUAUCUAUCUCCUAUUCUCUUCAUCUAUCUAUCUAUCUAUCUAUCUAUCUAUCUCAUUCUGUUCAUAUCUAUCUCAUUCUGUUCAUAUCUAUCUAUCUAUCUAUCUAUCUAUCUAUCUCAUUCUGCUUAUAUCUAUUUAAUUCUGUUCAUAUCUAUCUAUCUAUCUAUCUAUCUAUCUAUCUAUAUAUAUAUAUAUAUAUAUAG